UCGUGUGAUGGGUCGGACCUCUCCAUUGUACUGUAAAUCUCGGUCGUCAGUCACUAGUUCUUUUUGAUCUCUUGCAUUAUUGUCUGGCACUCCUUGACUCCAUAUUAAACACAGGAAAGAAGCUCUCACAAGAAACUUUUUGCUUCUCUAUCUAGGAUUUUAAUUUCUAGUGCGGGAGCUCGUUUCCGUGUGCAUUCGAUAACUUUAUAUGAGAAGAGAGAGCUAUCAAAGUAUCUCUGUAACCAAUUGCUUCGUCACAUUUACUUCUGUACGUGAUGCUUUUUAAUGUUGGUUGCCAGAGAAACAAGCUUCUAUGGGUAUUGUCUCCCAAAUUGUACAGGAAUCUAUCGGGUCACUUUUGUACCAAUGCUCCAAAGCCAAGGCAUUUCGACAUGGGAUUUCCCUUCACGCUGCUGUGGUCAAGAUGGGCAUGCUCUCCGAUGUUAUCGUCUCCAAUCAUCUCAUCAAUAUGUACGCCAAGUGUGGCAAAAUCUCACUUUCGCGCAAGGUGUUUGAUGAAAUGUCUGAGACAAACCUUGUCUCUUGGUCGGCUCUCAUCUCUGGGUAUGACCAAGCUGGGGAACCCAGAACGGCUAUUGACCUUUUCUCUAAGAUGGAGCUUGUUCCCAAUGAGUAUGUUCUUGCUAGCGCUAUAAGUGCCUGUGCUAAUCUCUUGGCAUUAACUCAAGGGCAGCAAAUUCAUGCUCAAUCAGUGAAAUCCGGGUACUGCUCCAUUUCCUUCGUUUCCAACUCGUUAAUUUCAAUGUACAUGAAAUGCGGUCAAUGUAGCGAUUCCUUGUCAGUUUUUGGUAGUGCAUCUGAGCUGAAUUCUGUCUCUUAUAAUGCACUUAUUACUGGGCUGAUAGAAAACCAACAACCAGAAAAAGGGCUUGAAAUUUUCAAACAAAUGCGCCAACUUGGUCUGGUCCCGGAUCGUUUUACUUUCGCAGGAGUCUUGGGAGUUUGCAGCACUGCUGAUGAUCUAAGGAUAGGAAUGGGAUUGCAUUGCCAAACAAUUAAGCUCAAGCUUGACUCGACCCCUUUUGUAGGAAAUAUUAUACUAACCGUGUACUCAAAGUUCAAUAUGAUGGAAGAAGCUGAAAGGGCAUUCUGUCUGAUUGAAGAGAAGGAUACCAUUUCAUGGAAUACUCUCAUUGCUGCUUGUUCUCAUUUUGCUGAUCAUGCAAAGGGUUUAAGAAUUUUUCAGGAGAUGGUGAACAUAGUUAGCUUACAGCCUGAUGAUUUCACAUACACCAGUGCCCUUGUUGCCUGUGCUGGCAUAGCCUCUGUAGUCCACGGCAAGCAGAUUCAUGCUCAUUUGAUUAGAAGAAAGCUGGAUGUGGAUGUAGGGGUUGGUAAUGCACUUGUAAACAUGUAUGCUAAAUGCGGUUGCAUUGGCUAUGCAUACACUGUCUUUAGUCAAAUGAGCCAUCUCAAUCUUGUAUCAUGGAAUACUAUCAUAGCUGGAUUUGGAAAUCAUGGGUAUGCGCUGAAGGCCAUAGAACUGUUUGAGCAAAUGAAGGAAACCGGUUUGGAGCCAGAUUCUGUUACAUUUAUUGCGCUUCUCACUGCAUGCAAUCAUGCAGGGCUUGCCAACGAGGGCCAACUCUAUUUCAAUUCUAUGGAUGAAAUCUAUAAGAUCGCACCUGAUGUAGAACAUUUCUCUUGCCUUAUUGAUAUGCUUGGAAGAGCUGGGAGACUAGAGGAAGCCCAAGAGUACAUGAAAAAGUUUCCGUUUGGGCAUGACCCAGUUGUUCUGGGAAGCUUACUUUCUGCGUGCCGACUGCAUGGAGAUGUUUCCAUUGGUGAACAUUUAGCAAAAGAGAUUCUUAAACUUCAGCCUAAUACUAGUUCACCUUAUGUUCUGUUAUCAAACUUAUAUGCUUUAGACGGGAUAUGGGAUGGUGUUGCAGAGGCAAGGAAAAUGCUGAAAGGUAGUGGAUUAAAGAAAGAGCCUGGCCACAGUUUGAUUGAAGUAAAAGGCAUUGUUGAGAAAUUCAAAAUUGGUGAUUUUUCUCAUUCAAGAAUUCAAGAGAUAGUGCAGACUCUCAAAACUUUGGGUUGGGAAGUGGAUGAAGUACUUUCUUAUUGUUGAUGUAGUCCAAGAGAAAGGUAAUAUUUAUGCCUUUAAUUUAUAUUUAGAAGCUAGUUUAGGCAACAAGACCCAAACUUGGAAGUGUUACCGAUCAAACAGGGUGGCAGAAUGCCUAAAAACAAGAAACUAGUAGAUAGAAGUGGAAGAUUAACGGAGUAAAGUUACUUAUUGUUGGAAAAUAAUCCAAGUCCUUAGCUGUCAAUUAGUCCAUGUUUAAUCCUUAUUUUCAGCCUUAGUGAUCAAAUAGUUGAGAUUAUAUUGGGAUUUUUUUUUUUGCUAAUGGAGAUAUGGAAACGUGUCCCAUAUUCUCACUUUUUAUGUGCCUAUAUAAAAAACCAUUUAUGAAUCUUUUUGGGUAUUGGAAGGUCAAUAAAAUAUACUCCUUUUGCUGUCACUUCGUUGAGUGAGUCU